AGUCAGUCAGUCAGUCAUUGGCCAGUAGUGUGGUUGGCAGCAAAAAGCAGAACCUUUCCAACGCUAGAAUUCGUUGCGCUUCUUCUGAUACCAAGAAAUUCUUAGUUCUUUCUUCUGCGCUUUUUUUUUGAGUGGUGUAAUUCUCUGUAGCCGAGAAGUGAAUUUUUUUUUAUCUAUGAGUGGUUGAGGUCAUAGCAGAGAUAGCCAUAGAGCUAGCUAGCUGUAGUAUUUCGUGUAAUUCAGAGUUCAUUGGUGUUUUUACGAACACAGUUUUCUCACGGGGGUGUUUGAUAACGACGCGAACAAAUUCGGUGUAUGCUGCUCGAUGUCUUCAUCAAUAGAUUCUUGUGGUUUUGAUCUGUUGCAGGGAGCUUUUGCACACUCCAAGCUCUUCGGUUGAGGUAGCAGUUAAAUGUAGUGAAGAAAAAAGUUGGCCACGAAUCCAUUUGUGAAACGACAAAACUUGAGCCCUGAGCAUAGUUAUCGAGCGAUGUAAGUAGGGAGGAAUUCAUUCAUUUCUUCCAGCAAGAGCAAAAAAAGUUAAAUAAUCGUGCGGAAUGCUGUAAACAAUUGGCAUUCCACCUCCGCAAUUGUACAUCGGCGAACAUUUGAACCAAGCAUACCUAUCUCUUUAAAAUUGUUGAAAAGUGCAAACACUUUCAACCUUGUUUUUCUACGCUUGUCGAGUUGUUGAAAGGAAGUUGCGUACGAGAAUCAGUGUGUGUGUGUUUCAGUGCGUGUGUCUGUACGCUUCUAGAUCUUCUAGAUAUCUCAACAAUGUCGUGUUGACGACAACUUCGUUGGUUGUUGAUGAUGAUUGUUGUGCUCUGGCACAAACUUGAGUAGUGCCACUAUUCAGACCGUUCUCGAUUUUCAAGUUUUACAGCAAUAAUAUAAUUGUGUAGAUUGCAUACCUAUAUACCAUACAUACAUACACACAGGCAGGUAUCAUCAUUGACAUACAAGCUUUAGCGUAAAUCUCCAGCAUAAAGGAGGGGGUGGUGAAGAAGAAUUCAACUGGCACCCUCUGCAGUUGCGGGUGAAAGAAUAAUAACUGUAAGGGAGUUUUCUUGGGCAGACCAAGAAAGUGGAAAAACCCCGAAGCAAGAAGAAAAAUCGUACAUGUGCGGUGGAAAUCAAGGGGUGGCAAGCAAGUGUGUUGUAGCGUUAUUCGCUUUGUGUUUGGUAUUGAUUUUCGCGAGUGUUUUCCUUACAACCGCAUGAUUACAUCAAAAGUUGUUGGCUGAGGUUGUAAAAGUAGUCUCCAUUUCACUCAACCCAUCCAAGUGCGCGACCAAGGAACGAGGAGAAGAAAACCAGAUCCAGAAUCCGGUUCUUCUCCCCGCGCGUCUGUCGAGCUGGCUACAUGGAAGAAGUACCCCGACAGUGUUUUAACAACAAAAGUUUGUAACAAGAAAACACCGGAGUGACCGGAGGCAUCACCAAUAUACAGUGAAAGAGAGAAGAAGCAAAAAAACAAGUGUAGCGCUAGCGGAAGUUGUGGAAAUCGCUAAGAAUAGUUCGGUGUGCAAGUAAAUUUUCAAGUUCCGGGGGAAGCAAAAGUGUGAGGUAGCAGCCACUCCCGGCAACACAGGCCAGCUGUGACAAUGUUUAAAUGCAUCCCCAUCUUUAAGGGAUGCAAUCGGCAGAUCGAGUACGUGGACAAACGGCACUGCUCGCUGCCGAAUGUCCCGGAGGAGAUUCUACGUUACGCUCGGUCCCUGGAAGAGCUUCUGCUCGACGCCAACCACAUCCGGGAUCUGCCGAAGAACUUUUUUCGGCUCCACCGGCUGCGGAAGCUGGGCCUGAGCGAUAAUGAAAUCAUGAAGCUCCCGUCCGACAUUCAGAACUUCGAGAAUCUGGUCGAGCUCGAUGUUUCCCGAAAUGAUAUCGGAGACAUUCCAGAUGACAUCAAGCACCUGCGCAGCCUACAGAUUUUGGAUUUCAGCUCCAACCCAAUCAACCGCUUGCCGGCCGGAUUUUCACAGCUGCGGAAUCUGGUGAUCCUGGGGCUGAACGAUAUGUCACUGACGUCACUGCCCCAGGAUUUCGGAUGUCUAUCGAAGCUGGAAUCGCUGGAAUUGAGAGAGAAUCUGCUGAAAACCCUGCCGGAAUCCAUCAGUCAGCUCACAAAACUGGAACGGCUGGAUUUGGGUGACAAUGAAAUCGAAGAGCUUCCGCCACACCUGGGCUAUUUGCCCUCGCUUCAAGAGCUGUGGCUCGAUCACAACCAGCUGCAGAAACUGCCACCCGAGAUUGGAUUACUAAGGAAUUUAGUAUGCUUAGACGUCUCGGAGAAUCGGUUGGAGGAAAUCCCAGAGGAGGUAGGUGGACUAGAGAAUCUCACAGAUCUACACCUAUCGCAGAAUCUGCUGGAAGGCCUUCCGGAUGGCGUUUCAAAACUGACAAAACUGACAAUCCUCAAGCUGGACCAGAAUCGAUUGCGCACACUUAACGAGAGCAUAGGCCAAUGUGUCCACAUGCAAGAGCUUAUUCUGACCGAAAACUUCCUAAACGAGUUGCCUUACACCAUCGGCAAUAUGACGAUGUUGAACAAUCUGAACGUAGACCGGAACUCACUGGUAUCGGUACCAAAUGAGCUCGGCAACUGUAGAAGUUUAGGAGUGCUAAGUUUACGGGAAAACAAACUCACAAAACUGCCCUCGGAGCUCGGCAACUGUCUCGAACUGCAUGUGCUGGACGUUUCCGGUAAUCGGCUCCAAUAUUUACCCUACUCUCUGGUCAAUCUGCAGCUCAAAGCCGUUUGGCUGUCGGAAAACCAGGCCCAACCACUACUUACAUUCCAACCGGAUGUCGAUGAGGCAACCGGUGAACAAGUCCUUACCUGCUUUCUCCUGCCGCAGCAAGAAUACGUUCCAGUGAGUCCGGAAAAUCGGGAAGACUCCGAUUCGGAAGAUUGGGAAGAACGGGAAGCAUCCCGGACGCAUUCGGUAAAGUUCAGCGAAGAUUCGAACGUGGACAAAGACACUCCCUUCGUGCGCCAAAACACCCCACACCCGAAGGAAUUGAAACUGAAAGCACACAAACUGUUUGCCAAGGAAAAGCGACCGGACGAAAUGAGCGGCGGCAAUCUGGACACUCUCUCGGAAGAAUCUUCCUCCAAACCGUCUACGAUGAUGCUCAAUCGGAACGGGGGCGGUAUGGCCACUAUGGACGACAUCCAUGGGGUGGUCGGUAACGAACCGGUCGCCGAAGAGGAUGAAAUGGUACGGGGAGACGCGGGCAUGCAGCAAGAAAGUGAACCGUAUCCGGACGAUCACGAAAAACGGGUCGGGUUCGAAGUGAACGAAGAGGACGAUCAAUACUACGGCGAUGAAAACGAGGAAGCGCACGAAAAGCAGCCAAUUUCUAAAUUACACCGGAGGGACACCCCCCAUCACCUGAAAAACAAACGAGUACAUCAUACGCUUACGGACAAAAACAGCUCGCUGGUGCUGAAUUCGCUCAAGCUGAAGGAAUCGCUUCCGCCGCCACCGAAACUGGAUGAACAUCCGGCGCUGGAGGCGGCAGCAGAACCCGAAACCACCGGCAGCAACACCGGUGACGAUGCUACCGAUACUGUAACAGCGCUGAAAGAGGAACGUCUGGAGAUUCACAUUGAACGCACAUCUGCAGGGCUCGGUUUGAGCAUAGCCGGUGGUCGGGGUAGUACGCCCUUCAAAGGUGAUGAUGAGGGCAUCUUCAUUUCUCGAGUGACUGAGGGUGGACCGGCAGAUCUGGCUGGUCUGCGAGUCGCUGAUAAGCUCCUUAAAGUGAACGGCAUUUCGGUAGAGGAUGCCGACCACUACGAUGCAGUGGAGGUUCUCAAAGCCUGUGGCUCCGUACUGGUGCUGCACGUUGCACGAGAAGUGACGCGGCUAAUUGGACAUCCGGUGUUCGAUGAGACCGGCUCGGUAGCACAGAUAGUGGAACAGCAACAGCAGAAAACGAUUCCUCCGCCAAUCACCAUCGAUCAACCGGCACUGGACGGGGGUGGGGGUGUUGUCGGUGGCGAGAUACAUCCUUCGUUUAAUGUAGUCGGCUUGCCGAACGGAAAUGCUGGCACACCCCCGACCACUGUGAGUCUGCUGAACGGAAAUGAAAUUACCCACAAGGUAAUCCUCCACACGACACUCAUUCGCGAUCAAAUUGGCCAGGGGCUCGGAUUCAGUAUAGCCGGGGGAAAGGGCCAUGCCCCGUUUAAGCACGGUUCCGAGGGAAUCUACAUUUCACGGAUCACCGAAGGUGGAGUGGCUCACAAGGACGGAAAAGUCCUGGUGGGCGAUAGAGUGCUAGCAAUCAAUGGUGUAGACAUAACGAAUGCCCAUCACGACUACGCCGUACAGUUGCUAACGGAUCACCAGCGCUUUGUGCGAUUAGUUGUUCAGCGGGAAGUUAAGGGACCACUGGAGCCUCCCACCAGUCCCCGAAGUCCACUUCUGACCAGCCUCAAUCCCAGCGGUUACAUGGCCAAUCGACCGGCGUACACUGGUUAUCGUCGCUCAAUCGAAGACUCUCCGGUCGAAUCGACGACGCCAGCUGCAGCGAUGGCCACUGAUAUCGCUGCGCAAGCAUCAAAGCCUGAACCAGAUGUGAAGCACACCACCGUUUCGAAGCAACAGCAACUGCAACAACAUCGGCAACCAAUGGUGUCCGAACAGGCAUCGCACCAACCACCCCAACCCGCCCCACGAAAAGUAUUAGCGUCGUCAAAUUCGCCUGUAAAUAACAACAGCAACAGCAACAGCAAUGGUAGUAGUAGUCCCUCUAACGACAGCCACAGUCAGAACACUGUCAUCAACAACACCACGUCAAACACAACGACAACGAAUGGUGGCAGCAACGGCAGCGUUAGUUCGCAUCAUCCGACAUCAUCAUCACUGGUAACUGGUAACGGUACAAGUAAUAGCAAUAACAGUUUGGUAGCCAAAGGUGCUACCAAUAACAACAACAGCAGCCAGAAUGCGGAAGAGCCGCAGGUGACAGCCCGGCCAAUGACGAGUGCCGACUUCCAGGCCAUGAUACCGUCGCACUUUAUCAGCGGAGGCCGCCAGGUGCACGUCCAUCGAUCGGAGAACGGCUCCUCGACGGGACACCCGGAGCACGGACCCUCGGUCACGGUUACGGUGCAGAAGGCCCACCCAGAUAUGCCGAUGCUUCCGCCAGCGCCCACCGAACUCGGCACCGUCACCGAGACCAUCACAAAGUCGACCUUCACUGAGACGGUAAUGACUAGGGUUACUGACAAUCGGUUAUUGGAACCACUAAUCAGUGAGGAAGUGAUUCUACCCAAGGAUCAGGGCUCGCUCGGUUUCAGCAUCAUCGGCGGAACGGAUCAUUCCUGCACACCAUUCGGAGCCCACGAGCCUGGAAUCUUCAUCUCACAUAUCGUUCCUGGGGGCAUUGCAGCCGUGUCCGGAAAACUGCGCAUGGGCGAUCGAAUUCUCAAGGUAAACGGCACCGAUGUAACCGGAGCGACGCAUCAAGAGGCGGUCAUGGAGCUGUUGCGACCUUGUGACGAAAUCAAGCUGACCGUUCAACAUGAUCCGCUUCCUGCCGGAUUCCAGGAGGUGCGAAUCGUGAAGCAGGAAGGCGAACGACUCGGCAUGCAUAUCAAGGGUGGGUUGAACGGCCAGCGGGGCAAUCCGUUGGACCAGGCCGACGAAGGUGUGUUCAUUUCCAAGAUCAACAGCUCCGGGGCGGCCAAACGGGACGGCCGGCUACGAGUCGGUAUGCGAAUCCUGGAAGUGAAUGGCGUUUCGCUGCUGGGGGCUACCCAUCAGGAAGCGGUCAAUUCGUUGCGUGCCUCUGGUAACUCGCUCUACCUGGUAGUCUGCAAGGGCUACGAAAAGAGCGAUCUAAUCCAUCAGUCCCUCGGUGGGGGUGGUGGAAUGAGCACCGGUAUCAGCAAUAAUGGUCACAGUACAAGAAUAGGUUCGCGAGCUUCUGAAACUGGUUCCGAGUUGAGCCAAAGUGUAUCGAGCUUAGAUAGAGACGAUUCGUCGAUUGCCGCUGAGCCUAGCGCCCUUCAUCAGCGACAGGUCAGCGUAGAUCGGGUCCCGGAGGAAACAUUUGCUGCUCCAACGGUGGCACCGGUUGAGCCAAUUCAACCAGCAGCACAACCUUCGCAAAUUGUUAUACCUCCUCCUACUGCGAUCUCGCCAGCGGCGACGAACACUACCCAAUCGGUGGUGCCGCCUCCUAGUAGUCAAGCUGUGGCCAAUCGGGUGGCUCCAGGAGCCGAUUCACAAGCACUGGUUAGCAGUCGAGAAAAGAGUACUCCUGAGAAGGUUUUGGAUAUUGUCCGGGCAGCAGAAUCCCUCGCUCUGGGCGGAAACUUGAUCGAAAACGGUCCGCCAAAAUCGCCCACGGAGAUGGCUUCAACGACAGAGAACCUUCAGAAGACGACCACGAUUGUGAUGUCAAAGCACACCCUGGACACCCAGGCAGCGCCGCUGGUUGAUCAACGAUAUCGAAAUAUCCGGCCUUUGUUGCAUGCAAACGAUCCUCCUAAAACCACCACAACCACCACCAAGACCUCAAUUAACUCCUCCUCCACUAGUAUAACUUCUACUACUACUACUACCAACAACACCACCACCACUACCAGCCCAAGUUUUUCUACCUCCACGGACAACUACAGUUCUACUAAUAUCAACAACAACAACAACAAUGUAUCAACCUCCCGUAAGCCACUUCCGGCCACCAAAAGUUACAUUCCGGUAUACACGCCUAGUUCCUACUCGACCAGUACCCCUAUAUCUUCGAAGGAACCAUCGCCGGAGAAACCGCAGCCGCCAGUUCCGAUGAGUCGUUCCGUAACGCCCACGACCGGCCAUCGGAAAUCCGUGAGCUUCGAUCUGGAUGAUCCCGCCAAUGAGGGAGGCGAUCACCGGAAAGCGAUAGCAGCUACGGCUGCCGCUCGCGAUUCCAACAACAAUAGCGGAUCCACAACCGGUGGUGGUCAGCUCAAGGGGAUUUUGAGGAGUACGAGUCCCAACAGGAGUCGUAGCACAACGCCGGAAGAUUCGGACGAACACGUUAGAUCGCGGUACUUUUCACCUGACGAAGAUGAAGAAGAUGAUGACGAUGAUGAGGAAAGUGAAGAGGAAACUGCUACUGAAGACGACAGUGAGGAAGAAGACGAGGGAUCCAGGGAAAUCGAGCAAGAUAAUCCAUUCCGCAAGGAGUUUAUUAGAAGUGAUAGCUGUCCAACAGGUCACACAAUUUUGAGAAGGGCUCCUCCGCCACCGAUUCCGGCCGUUGGACCGAGACAACUGAAGUGGGCCGAAAAAAUCAGUAACAAAGGAGUGAAAAAUAUGGAAGAAGAACUCGGUCAAGCAGAUUUUGUAGAGUACGAACACGACGUUCGAACCAAUACCAUUCACGAAGUUAGAAGUUCCACGCACAAUUUAGUGAGUAAGAGUUUAGAAAGAUUGCCAAAUUAUGAAAAAAUCGAACUAAUCUCAGCGAAGUUCGAUGUGCUGCCUUCAAGGAAAAAAGCUGAGUUCAUAAACGAAAAUCGUACGGAUAACGUUUUGGUUCCAGAGGACACGCAUCGACAAGUUCUGCUCGAGGAAAAUAGAUUACGAAACGAACUGAUCACACGAUCAACAACGACAACCAAUCCAUUCCUGGACAAUCCCGGCCUUGAUCAAAUCUCGCAACAUUCCGUCUCUCCUGUGCCACCAUCGCCAUCAGUAUAUUGGUCCGGUUCUACUGGCCAGCUACAUCAUUCUCAUAAAAUCUACCCACCGGUGCAGGUCCUACCCGUGACCUACACGAAACUUCCCACUCCUCAGCAUACAGUCUACACCUACACACAGCCAGUAUCGCAUCAACAUCAUCAACAACUCGGAACAACUAGCUACGGAUUGCCCGUCAGCACCAGCUAUCUGUCGCCACCGCCAGCGCCCAAAACUCCGAAAAGUGUCUCCGACAAGAAACGGUUCUUCGAGAAUGCCAUGGAAGAUCACUCCAAACAGACACCGAAACCUGAAAAAGUGUUCUCGUUUCUAUCGCAAGAUGAGGUGGAAAAGCUGAAACAGGAGGAAGAACGCAAAAUUGCUACCCUGGGUCGGCGGAAGAUCCAAGAACGUGCGUACGACCAGGAGGAAGAAGGCGAUGAGGAGGGUGACGACGAUGAUGACUACCACCGCCGUCACGAUCACGAUUCCGGUGACGAAGACGCCUACAUCCGGGAACGAUACGGCGGCAAAUCAGACGAAAACGACAACGACAUGAGCAUUAACAAUUCGACCGACACAACAAUGAAUCAACAACAUCACCAUCAACAUCAACACCACCACUCGCAAACGGGAACUCUGCUGGGAAUGAUUCACGAAGAAUCGUACGAUGGCAUCAGCUACAGCACCAACAACAACAGCAGCUUCAGUAGUUCCGGGAGCCAGAUGAUGACCCCGACGGGUCCUUAUCGGACGCCCAGCAACAACAAUAACCACAGGCAGGACAACGGAGGCAGCGGUGGAAACAAUAGUCGCAUCCCCAUUCGGACGGCCAAUGCGGAGAAGCGAGCCAGGGCCAGCAAUAUGUUGCCGCCGGAGUACGACGAGACCAAGCUUAGCCCGUCGGAGAUUCGAGCUUUGAGAGCGCAAAAGCGUGCCGCCUGGCGACAGGCUCGCCUGAAGUCGCUCGAGAACGAUGCCCUGCAGGCGCAGAUCAUGAUUCAAACGAUGAAUGCCGUUACGAUGCACGAUGACAGUGUUACCGCCGGGGCGCAGGGCAGUCCCACGGUUCUACAUUUGCGAACGGAUUACGACACCUGUCCGGUUAGUAGCAGCGAUGAACAGUCGUCGUCGUCACUAACCCAAGUUAGUAGCAGUACCACGGGUGGGGAGUUUUAUCCACCGAUAGCUCCCAAACCGGUGAUCCGAUUUCCCCGUAUAGCAGUGAAGUCCAAACCCACAGGUCAGGAGGUGGUUGUCCGGGAGACGGAAACCGUAUUGGACGAGAAAGUGGUCCACCAGCGCACCGAAGAGCUACCCGGCGGAGGCGUUCGCACGGUCGAGUACGUCGAGAAGGUCAUCGAGACGGAGGUCGAAACGAUGCGCGAAAAGAUAAUCAUGCUCGAGCUGGAAGAGCCCUCUUCCGGAAGUAGUGAGCAGAAAAAUCAGAACCAACAACAGCAGCAACAUUCGCCGGCGGAAUGUCGGAACGAUCCUGUGGACGAUGACUCGACUGAGGCGGCCGAUGUCUCCCUAGAGGAUGACAACGUCGACUAUGUGGAUGCUGCCGAUGAGGCAGCGGAGGAAGAUCAUCACCAGCGAUACCUCCAUCGAUACGAAGACGAGGAGGCCCAAGAGUCGCUCAACAACCCGCUGCAAACGAUCGUUGAAGUUGUGAAUCCUACCUUGAUGGGCGGUGGCAAUGGUGGCGGUCAAAUCAACGACAUCAUCGUUGGUCGUUAUGCUGACGAUUUCGCUGCCGGUGGUGAGAUGGAUUCGCUUUCGACGCCAUCUACCACUGCUGGUGUCUUUGGGGCGACCUACGACGAGGAGGGGGCAAAGUAUGAGUCCAUCAACGAUAAGAUGAAGAACGUGCUGCGAGAAUUAAAGCAGAACGAGAAGGUGAGACUGAACCUGAGCAAAAGCCUUACGGAAGAAGAACUGGCUGAGCAGCAGGAUGGAGAAGAGGAGGUGGACGAUGAGGAACGCUAUCGACAGGAACAAGCAGAGGAGGAUGAAGAGUUCCGUCACUACGAGGAGAAAACAGGUGCAAUCGGAACCGUGUUUAUGGUUCGCGAACGACUGAUAAAUGAUUUCUACACACAUCAGAGUGAGUUGGCGCAAGAAUAUCAACACCAGCACCAGCAGCAACAUCCGGAAGAGGAUUUCGACGAUGUGGAUGACAUCGGGGAGGACGACUGUGAGGUCAUACAGAACCCGAACGCACGCGUUUUCGAAGAAGAGCUGGAAAAAAUGACAAAGUUGCAAAAGAAAUCGUUGAACGAUGAAAAGUUAAAAUCGGUGUUUUGUGACGAUGAGGAAGAGGAGGACGAGGAAGAGGUAAUGGUAUCGAGAAAAGGUAGCGCCGAGGAAAAGCCCAGUGGUAUUCCGAUUGCUACUGGUCCCAAUGGUGGAUCUAAACGAAAAAAACGAAAGGGCAAAAAGAAGAAGUAAAUACUUUUGAAUUCAGUGAAAUGAACCGACAUCCGUCCGAGAUCACAAACAAACAAAAUCGAAGAAGUACUCAAAACGGAACCGCUCAGAAGUUUUUGAGUGUUCCAGCGUUUUGUUUCAUUCGAUUCUAACACAAUAGUAUUUUUAAAGUUAAUGCAACUAUUCCAUUCAAGUAAUUCCUUUUAAAUAUUUUACUUUAUGAUUCUCCGUUCUACUACUUAUAAAGAAUAAAAACAGCUUCGUCAAUUGAUUGAAUCAGACAAUAAAUAACACCUGCAACUUGGGCAAUAAUGAUUGAAAUUUGCUUAGUUUAUUUGUUGACCAGUCGACGAACUGAAAGAUUACAUAGGUAUAUUUAUUUAAAUAUAUUAUUUUACUCUAAAUGAUAAACAAGAACGUAACUAUAAAUAUAUAUCUCGUUAUUAUUUCAAACAGUCCCAGAAAUAAUCAUUUAGAUUUUAGUUGAGCAGCUUGAAAUAGGAAAUCCCCCCACUAAUGAAAAUCGAUAAGUACUAUCACAUAAACGGAUCGUUUUUUUUCUAUCGUAAGAGAGAAGAUUAGCAGUGAAUCCGAGAUAGAAGAAAUUUCUUCUGACGCCUCAGUAAAUUUAAUAUACGAUAUGAUGGAAUAUUUAAAAAAACAAUAACCGGUCGAAUCGAUCUGAGAUAAUAAACGCAAAUAAAAUGCAAAAAUAAA